AUGGUAGAUUGGUGGAUAUCUUUGGUGGGGGCAGCAGUUCCUGCAUUGGUGGCAGGUCAAGCUUUAAGAAUGAAGAACAGAAGAGCAGAAGAGCAAAGAUUGAAGAGUGCUCGAGGUCGUGAAAAAAGUUCUGAUGAUAUAUUUGUAUGUGAAAGGGUAUGCACUUCAAAAAGAAUGUUGAAAAAAGUUGGUGCAUUCUCAAAAGAUCCAAAUCCAGAUACAUGUGUCACUGUUUGUGGUGUCUCUGAACUCGAUGCUUGUGCUGAUGCUUGUGCAAGAACUGUUUGUGUCAACCAACAUCAAGUCCCAAAUUGGAAUGAUAUUUGCCUCAAAAGAUGCCAAAGCGAGUGCUUAAAGCUUUCAAACACUUUGCCUCUUUCUUCAUAA